CACAGGGAUACGUGAUUACCUGAUCCGAUUACUGCUCUCGAGAUGCAUGAGGUUUGCUCGAGUGUCGCUUACAUUUCGCUCUAGCAUCGCCUCUUCGUACCUCCACACCAUGAAGAACGCUCGCAGGCCCAGCAUUAGCACCGAAAAGCCCCAGAAAGGGCUUGACCACCUCCAGGACUCUACGAAGGACAUCUCUGCAAAAGAAGCCGAGAGCAAGCUACGUGGAUACCAGCAGCUGAUGCUUGAUCGCCUCCACAAUCAGCUCGCGGCUCUUCGUGAUUCUCUCCAGAAGCCACUAGCUGACUUCCUCGGCAAUAGAGCUAAGUUGGCGGCAUCACUUCGUGCCUUGCCCGGAACUCGGAAAAAGCAAAGGAAAUAUGACCCAAUAUUGAUGAAAAAUGGUUACAAACAUGACUGAUAUCAUUGCUCUAAACUCGUCGGGCGAUCUGCCGUUGACAGAGCUGGAGGAUAG